CGUUGACAAUGCAAUCUUGCUUUUGCAAUGGAUACAGAGUCUCAAGUCAAGAAGGUACAAUUACCGGCUAAAUUUCUGGCUUGUGUAAAACAGGGAAGUUGGCUUAGGACAUCAGUUGGGUACAAGCCACCAAAUCAAUCAUUUCUGUCCAGUUCUGAGUGGGGAGUUCUUUUGCAAAGUGGCUCCUCGUUUGUUGAUAUACCGAUGAUUGACCAAAAGUUCUAUCAAAACAAGCUGCAUUUGUACUGGGAGGAACUCAAGGCGAUCGGAGUUAGAUUUGAAUUUCAGGAGGCAUCAGCGUACAUCGGCAGCCGCCUCAUGUCUAUGGCUGCAAGCAAUACGCUGAUCAGAGAGAAUGUGUACUCACUCCUUCGGCUGAUUCGGUUUCUUCGAGAGAAAGUUCUAUCGCCAAGCGAACUCAUCAACAGUGUCAAAGAUGGACAGUGGAUGAAGAGUACUCUCAGCUACAGGUCUCCAGUUGGUUGUAUCAUCUAUGAUUCAGGCUGGGCAGUUGCAUCCUGUAUCAGUAGCCAGCCGUUCCUUGAUGUCAAGUUCUAUGGCGACGACAUCCUUACCUACAAACCAGAGCUCAACUUGCUCGGUGUUCUUGUUGAAUUUAAAGACAGCUACAAACUUGUGAUUGAUAAUUUCAAGUUCAGUUCGGCUGCUAUUACUCCUGAGGCUACUGUGCUAAUCCUCAAAUGUAUCCAGCAUGUGAACUCAUGCGAUGCCUUCAUAAGAAAGAUCAAAGAUUUAAAAUGGGUGAAGACCAGUGUGGGGUUCCGUGCUCCUAAUGAAUCUUUUCUUGUGGAUCCUCGAUGGGAGUGCCUUCUAAAGGUCUUUGAUGGGGUUCCUGUAGUUGAUUUCAGAUUUGAUGGGAGUAAGCUUAGUCCCUACAAAGCAGAGUUGGAGAAGACCGGGUUGAUAGCAAAAUUGGAGGCGGCAUCAAAGGCUGUAGCUCACUUGUUCAAGCAGAUGGUUCUGAACUCAUCACUUCCAAAGGCGAGUGUCCUAGCCCUGCUAGCAUGUUAUGGGCAGCUGAAAACACAGGGCGCGCUCCCUGUCGAGCUUUUCAGUUGCAUGCUGAAUGAGAAGUGGUUGCGUACAUCGUUUGGUUUCAGAUCUCCCAAAGAUGCAAUCUUGUUCAAUGCAGAAUGGCAGUCUCUAUCAUCAGUAGCAGACCUACCUUUCAUAGAUGACGGUGACUCUCACCAAGGUUUAAGCAAAGAAAUACAUGGUUAUAAAGAUGAGCUCAAGAAUUUAGGUGUUACUACUGAAGUGAAAGCUGGUGCUAGGUUUGUCAUCAAUGGCAUCAACAUUCCCAAGGAUCCUUUACACUUGUCUGGAGCUACUGUCUUGUCAUUGCCCAGGUCCAUUCGGAGCUGGUUGGCUUCUUCAAGUAACUUCCCAAAGGGCUUUCUAGAGAAAAUCAAAGGCUGCAGUUGGUUGAGGACAAAAGUGGGGUUCCAAUGUCCUGAUGAGUCGAUCCUGUUUGAUCCAAAGAAUUCUUCCAUUCGCAUAGAAGAUAGCCCUUUCAUUGAUGAAGCAUUCUAUGGCUCGGAGAUAGCCUCAUUCAGAGACGCCCUUGCGGCAAUCGGAGUAUCUGUGGAUGUUAGACACGGACAUGAGCUUGUUGCUCGACAUCUGAAAGGCCACAAAAACAGGGCUACUAUUUCUCGUAUUUACACGUACCUUAAGGAGUACAAUUGGGAGCCUGCAAACAAGACUAGUGAUUGGAUCUGGAUACCAAAUAAAAAGAAAAGUGGAGAGUGGGUGAGCCCUCUGGGUUGUGUUCUUCAUGAUAAGGACAACCUUUUCAGCCUGCAGCUGCAUGUCUUGGACAAAUAUUAUGACAAGAAGUUGCUGGACUUCUUUUCACAUGUUUUUGGUGUGAGGAAUGGUCCUAGCGCUGAAGAUCAUUGCAAACUAUGGAGCACAUGGGAGAGCUCUGUCGAUGCGCUAUCUGCAGCUGACUGCUCUGCUUUCUGGCAGUUCAUUGCUAAGAACUGGAGCAAAAACACGGAGAAGCUUCUUUCUGCUUGUGUCAAGGUUCCAGUUUGUACCGACGGAACUAUCCUUCUGUCGAAGAAAGAGGAUGUGUUUAUUCCUGAUGAUCUACUCCCUCCGUUCCGAAUUACUUGUCGUAGGUAUGGAUGUAUCUAGAUGUAUUUUAGUUCUAGAUACAUCCAUUUCUGCAACGAGUAAUUUGGAAUGGAGGGAGUACUUCUCAAGGAUUUGUUCGACAAGCUGCCUAACCGGUCAUUGUUCAUAUGGUAUCCAUCUUCAAGCCUGCCUUCCAUGUCUCGAGCAAAGCUGAACAACAUCUACGAUAGCAUUGGAGUCCAGGCAAUAUCCAAAGCUGUUGGGAAGAAUGAUUCACUCGCAUCGGAAAAUGUCAGCCCAACAAAAGCUGCUCGGGUAAGGUCAUCAAUGUUGGUAUGAUAAAACUGGUCCUUGCUUUUCUUGCCGAUCCUGCUCUCGACAUUUCUGCUGAAGAGCGGCACAAGAUAUUUCCUGCCUGCUCAAUGUGACGGUGCUAGAGAACAGUGAGCCAAUCACGGUGGGAUACAACGUGAAGCUGUCCUCUGGGGCCGUUUUGGAUGUGAAGGCCACACGGAAGCUCCGGUGGGAGAGGGAGAGCUCGAAACUCUACAUGCAGAAAAGCAAGCGUGCACCAGGCUACAAGGAGAAGUUGGAGUUUGCGACGAACUUUGCGGAUGAGAUAUCCCAGGGGCUGCUCUUCGAGAAGGCAGAUCAGGUCCCUUUGCUCGCGGAGCUCAUUAAAAUCGGCAGUUUGAUGGACUUCCACGCUGCCGCUGUCGAGUACCUUCUGAAAUCAAAAAAUCUGCAGCUGUUCCCUGAAGACGAAGAAUUCCUUAACACUGCAUCACUAGGUCGUAGCAGGAACCGUUAGCGAUCUCUGGAGUUGUUCUUACGCAUGCCGACACAUGGAGUGAAGUGGUUACUUGCUGAUGGCCAGGCCUGCAGGAGCUUAAUUGAUGCUUAAAUCUGGAGCGUCCAGCAAUGCGCCUACUCGAUUAUCUUGUGCAUACGUUUUGUCGCGAUUACUAGCUGUGAACUUUUGUUUUGGCUUUCUCCCUUUAUGAACCGCAACCUGUCUGUGUUUUUCAGUGUGAAAUGACCCUCGUACGUACUGGUGUGUUAUCCUUUAUGUUUUGUGACCAUCAUCUCUUAUAUCUUGUUAUUAUUUAGCAUGAAUA